CGCGAACGACGGCAACCCAAACACGGAAGCAGCUCAGACGGCUACGAAAGCAAAACGUUGAGGCUCUUCCGUCUUAACAUAAUGUCUCUUAAACAUCAUAAUUCAUGUUCAGCAGUUAAAACACAGAUAAGUUAGCUCACAUUACUUGCUCUGGAUGGCUUUCUCUUGGUCUCGCGUUGCUGUUCCGCUUUGUUUAGCGGUUUUGUCAGCAGCUGUCGCCAUCAUGGUACAAAAUCAGGCGAUGCCGCCUCCCCUGCCCGCAGCGCUCGGUGUGUGCUCGCUGGUCGGGAUGGCGCUACUUUGGAGGGACAUGAGCUCGAAGAUGAAGGGUGAGAAGCGGACGCUGAGCAGCCUGCUCAGCCAGUACCUGGCGGUGAAGGGGGUGGGCUGGCUGGGCAGGCGGCAGAGGAGGAAACUCGAAGCCGACACCGUGAACGUGCGGCAGGUCCAGGAGGAGACUCUGCUGAGGCGCCUGAGUAAAAACGCAAACACAUGUUACGGAAGACAGUAUGACUUCAGCUCGAUUAAAGACAGCGAUGGCUUCCGGGCACGUCAUCCCAUCACUACAUACGAGCACUACCGCGAGCUCAUCAGACGCAUUGCGGGAGGCGAGGAGAAGGUGAUCAUCGCCGAGAAGCCACUGAUCCUGGCCAUGACUUCUGGGACGUCAGGAGCCAGCGCCAUGCUGCUCAGCACCAAGGACACCAACACUGAGUUCUUCCUGCAGGGAGUGACUGUGUGUUUGGAUGCCAUGCGACAAGCGUUUCCUGCGACCGACAGUCUCCAGCGAACCACCAAGUUCUUCUACUCGCCCACUUUUCGCCAGUCUGAAGCCGGUAUUCCCAUCGGACCAAACUCCUCCACACCAGCCUCCUCCCGCCACAUGCUCAACCUCUACACCACGCCAGCACCCGCCUUUGAGGUUCCCAGUGAGAAGGACACUCUCUACCUGCAUCUCCUGUUUGCUCUCAAAGAUCCCAGUGUGGGAACACUGGAGUCAAACUUCGCCUCCACAGUCUUCUAUGCUUUCAGUGCUUUACAGGGUCGCUGGCAGGAGCUGGUGGAGGACAUUGAGCUGGGGAGGGUCAGCAGCGCUCUGGCUCUGGAGCCCAAAGUGAGGUCCGGGCUCGAGGCGCUGAUGAAGCCGGACCCAGAGAGGGCGGCUGAGCUCCGGGCGCACUUCCAGGAAGGCUUCCGCGGGAUCGCCAAGCGGCUGUGGCCUCACCUCCACCUGGUGCUGGCGGUGGACUCAGGCUCCAAUCAAAUCUACGGGGAAAUGUUGAGGGAGAACUACUGCCAAGGAGUGCCUUUCUAUUCGCCUUUCUAUGCUGCUACUGAAGGUCUGAUCGGGGUGAACCUGUGGCCUCAGGAGCCAAACAGACGCUACAUGCUGUGUCCUCGUUCAAUGUUCUGCGAGUUCCUGCCAGAGAGCAGCCUGGAGGAGGAGACGCCUCACACCCUGCUGAUGGAGGAGGUGCAGGAGGGACAGAACUACGAGCUUGUCGUGACAAACGCUUCAGGACUCUUCAGAUAUCGCAUCGGAGACAUUGUGAAAGUUGUCGGAUUCCACAACAAGUGUCCCAUUGUUGAGUUUCAAUACAGACGAGGUCAAAUGUUGAGCGUUCGAGGGGAGAAAGUGUCCGAGGCGUUGUUCCUCGACGCUCUGAAGAAAGCUGUUUCUCAGUGGCCAGCAGCCCAGCUGGUCGACUACUGCUGCGCUGAGAGCGGCAUCAUGGGAGAUUCAAUAGGCGGCUCAGAUCCUCAUUACCAGGUCUUCUUGGAGCUGAAAGGUGUGAGAAACCUGACAGAGGAGCAGCGAUACAAGCUGGACAUCUGUCUCCAGCAGGAUUCGGCCGUCUACAAGUCGUUCCGUAUCAAAGGCAGCAUCGGACCGAUGAGGGUGCAGCUGGUGGCCGAGGGGGCUUUUGAUGAGCUUCGCAAGCGCAUGAUGGCCUUCUCCAACACCUCACCCAACACCUUCAAGAUGCACCGAGUGCUGCGCAGGAGAGAAUACGCAGACUUCCUCUUGGGGAAAACCAUUUCCUGAAACCUCCCUUUGUGGAGAAUGGGACAAAGCUUGUGGACUCUUGACUGUGGUGAGCGAUGACUGAAGGAAAUGUCUCCAGGUUUUUAUCAACAACUCAUGAAUGAGAUUAUGAAUUUUGCCUUUUCAAACACAAGAAAACAACAUUUUUGAGUAUUAAAACUGUUAAUUUGCCCCAACCAUAUUUAUAAUUAUAUUAAAGCGAACUGUUGAAUUGAAAUCAUAGUUUUGCUUUAAUGAAAUGUGCCACAACUUCA